AAUUUGCAUACAGGCCUGCCCUUUUCUCCUACCAAAUCACAAUUUCCUUCUUUUGCUUGGGUCUGGAAGAAUGGCGUCAAAGAGAUCUUCGUAUAACCAGCGUUGCGUGCUCCGUCACUUUGGCGCUAUGUAUCCGUUAGUUGAUUCCUUGUGAAGCAGGGCUGCACCGUGCGUGAGAGGAGCUGCAAGAAGCUGGCUCUACAAGAUUGGCAGAGCAGAGACCAUCUGGUUGAAGGCACAGCACAUCAGCCCUUGCAGAUUCAUCACAUUCUCCAAGAUGGCUCAGGAGAUGGGGCCUGGGAAAACGUUCCGGACCGCGGCCUACCUAAUUGCAUAUAUUGUAUUGAGUGGGGGCGUCAUAUUCUUCAAUAAGUUUAUCCUUUCCAAGGAUUACUAUAACUUCCCGUACCCAAUUGGCCUUACGAUGCUACACAUGGCCUUCUCGUCUGUCCUAUGUUUCCUAGUAGUGCGGGUGUUCAAGUUCGUCCCCCUACAGCAGCCCAUGUCUACAGAAGUGUACGUGCAGAGCUUUGUCCCGAUCGCGCUGCUCUUUGCCACAACAUUGUGGCUGGGCAACACCGCGUUCAUGUUCAUAUCCGUCGCUUUCUCCCAGAUGCUCAAGGCGCUCAUGCCUGUGGCGGUGUUUCUGGUGGGGGUGGCCUUCAAGGUGGACGUUCUCCGGCUGGACACACUGCUCAACAUGGCAGUGAUCAGCGGGGGCGUGCUGGUGGCGAGCUACGGCGAGAUCCAGUUCGACGUGGUGGGCCUGGUGUACCAGGUGGGCAGCGUCGUCAGCGAGGCGCUGCGCCUGGUGCUGACGCAGAUCCUGCUGCAGCGCAAGGGCAUCAAGAUGGACCCCAUCACCAUCAUGUACUACAUGAGCCCCUGCAGCCUGCUGUCACUCUUUGUGCCGUGGCUGUUUUUGGAGCGCCCCGCAAUGAUGGCCACCCGCGGCCACGUGCUGCUGAGCCCCGGCGUGAUGGUGGCCAACUCGGUGGCCACGUUUGCGCUGAACGUGUCGGUGUUCCUGGCCAUCCAGAACACGAGCGCGCUCACCAUCCGCGUCGCCAGCGUCGUCAAGGACUGGCUCGUCGUCUUCAUCUCCGCCGUGCUCUUCGCGGACACCAUCCUCACGCCGCUCAACAUCGUGGGCUACGCCAUCGCCAUUGCCGGCGUGGUGUACUACAACCGGAGUCGCAUGCUGGAGGCGCAGCAGGAGUCGGCCCGGGAAGCAGCCAAGGAGGCCAGCGGGCCCGGGCCGCCCAGCAACCUGCGCAGCCCCGCGGGGGCGCGGAAGCACGUCCCGGGGGACGACGAGGUGCAGCUAUUGGAGGAAGCCCGGCGGAUGGAGGACCCCGGGGACAAGAGCUGACACCAGGCCAUGCGGAAGCUGCGCGCUGCGCUCUCAGUGUCAGUACGCCAACUGCACGGGAGCAAGCCGCACAAGUCGGGGCGAGAUCGGGUCUCCCUCCGAGCCAGCAUCUGUAACCAUAGACUAAGGUAAGGCGGUGUUCGGCAUCCGCCCUUUCGCUGUAGUACAGUCUAGUUUGACUGCUUAAGUAACCGACCAUCAGCGUAUUGCGUAGGAAUGCUCGUGGAGCAAGCGAGCGCAGGAUAAGGUGGACCGAUUUCCAGGAGUCCCGGCCUGUAAGAUUGGGAAUCUCGUGUUUCCUAGACAAG